CGCCACCGCUGGCCCAGCCGGACCGCACCACGCGAGGCGCCAGAUAGGGGGGCACGGGCGCGACCAUCCGCGCUGCGGCGCCGGCGACUCAGCGCUGCCUCAGUCUGCGGUGGGCAGCGGAGGAGUCGUGUCGUGCCUGAGAGCGCAGCUGUGCUCCUGGGCACCGCGCAGUCCGUCCCCGCGGCUCCUGGCCAGACCACCCCUAGGACCCCCUGCCCCAAGCCGCAGCCAUGAACUACCUGCGGCGCCGCCUGUCGGACAGCAACUUUAUGGCCAAUCUGCCGAAUGGGUACAUGACAGACCUGCAGCGUCCGCAGCCGCCCCCGCCGCCGCCCGGUGCCCACAGCCCCGGAGCCACGCCCGGUUCCGGGACCGCCGCUGCCGAGAGGUCCUCCGGGGUCGCCCCCGCGGCCUCCCCGGCUGCCCCUAGCCCCGGGUCCUCGGGGGGCGGUGGCUUCUUCUCGUCGCUGUCCAACGCGGUCAAGCAGACCACGGCGGCAGCGGCUGCCACCUUCAGCGAGCAGGUGGGCGGCGGCUCUGGGGGCGCAGGCCGCGGGGGCGCCGCCUCCAGGGUGCUGCUGGUCAUCGAUGAGCCGCACACCGACUGGGCAAAAUACUUCAAAGGGAAAAAGAUCCAUGGAGAAAUUGACAUUAAAGUAGAACAGGCCGAAUUCUCUGAUCUCAACCUUGUGGCCCAUGCCAAUGGUGGAUUCUCUGUGGACAUGGAAGUUCUUCGAAACGGGGUGAAGGUCGUGCGGUCUCUGAAGCCGGAUUUUGUGCUGAUCCGCCAGCACGCCUUCAGCAUGGCACGCAACGGAGACUACCGCAGUUUGGUCAUUGGGCUGCAAUAUGCUGGAAUCCCCAGUGUUAAUUCCUUGCAUUCUGUCUACAACUUCUGUGACAAGCCCUGGGUGUUUGCCCAGAUGGUUCGACUGCACAAGAAACUGGGGACAGAAGAAUUCCCUCUAAUUGAUCAGACCUUCUACCCCAAUCACAAAGAAAUGCUCAGCAGCACGACAUACCCUGUGGUUGUGAAGAUGGGGCAUGCCCACUCUGGGAUGGGCAAGGUCAAGGUUGACAACCAGCAUGACUUCCAGGACAUCGCAAGUGUCGUGGCACUGACCAAGACAUAUGCCACUGCUGAGCCCUUCAUCGAUGCCAAAUACGAUGUGCGUGUCCAGAAGAUUGGGCAGAACUACAAGGCCUACAUGAGGACGUCAGUGUCAGGGAACUGGAAGACCAACACUGGCUCUGCAAUGCUGGAGCAGAUUGCCAUGUCUGACAGAUACAAGCUGUGGGUGGACACGUGCUCGGAGAUUUUUGGGGGACUGGACAUCUGUGCAGUGGAAGCCCUACAUGGCAAGGACGGAAGGGAUCACAUCAUUGAGGUGGGAUCACCCAGGGGUCAGUGGGGCAGAGAGAGGAACAGGUGUUGGGCAGCAGCAGUGCAGACUGAAGGGCGCCGUGGCACAGAGGUCCUCAGCCAACAGCAAUGCGCUUACAAAUCCCAGUCUCUGACCAAUGCCUUCAACCUUCCAGAGCCAGCCCCGCCCAGGCCCAGCCUUAGCCAGGACGAGGUGAAAGCUGAGACCAUCCGCAGCCUGAGGAAGUCUUUCGCCAGCCUCUUCUCCGACUGA